AUGCCUCCGCCCACUAAGCGCCGACGAACAGAACCCACCGUCGUUGAAGAGAUCACUUUCGAUCCCGCCGCUCGUCAGGAAUAUCUUACCGGAUUCCACAAGCGGAAACUGCAAAGGGCAAAGCAGGCACAGGAAAUCGCCGAGAAGAAAGCGAGGGCGGAAAGGAUAGUAGAGCGGAAAAAGCUGCGGGAACAACGAAAGGCAGAAUUAGAGCGACAUGUUCAGGAGGUCAAUGCCCUGCUCAGACCGGUGUCCCCCACCAGCGACUCGAACGGCUCUUCUACAGAUUCCAAUGACGAAUGGACUGGGCUUUCCGAUCCAGAUCCAGAGCCUAUCGACCAUGAAGCAGAAUAUAUCGACGAAGACAAGUAUACAACUGUGACAGUCGAGAGUAUGGAUGUAAGCCGUGAGGGCAUUCUCAUGUCACAGAAUGGUCCGGGCAGUGGAGAAGACGAGAAACAAGCAGGGCCCCCACCAGAAGACUCGGUACCCGCGAAGAAGAAACGGACAUGGACAAAGGAGAAGCCUGAUGGUAGUGCCGACAAAAGUAGAAAGAAGCGGAGGAGUUUCCGGUAUGAGAGCAAAGCCGAGCGGAAAGCGUCACGUAAUAAAGAGAGAUCCAAGAAUCAGAGGCAAGCUCGAGAACGGCGGGCUGGCUGA